AUGAAGUAUCUUGUAUUCUAUCAACACCGUGUUUAUUCUCUUCACACGUCACCCUCCCAUCCACCUACACCUGUUCUGGAAUUAUCUGUGAAUACUUUCCCUGGAUAUGCACUGUUGUUGUUGUUGUUGUUGUUGUUGUUGUUCUUCUUCUUCUUCUUCUUCUUCUUCUUCUUCUUCUUCUUCUUCUUCUUCUUCUUCUUCUUCUUCUUUAUACCUAUAUUUCACUCAAUCUUUCCUUUCUUAUGCUCUCUGUCUCUCUCCCUCUCUCUCUCUCGCUCAUAUUUCGCACUAAGCUGUCUAUCUUUCUCUCUCUCCCCCUUUCCCUCUAUUUCUCUCCCUAUCUCUUUGAUCCCUUUUCUCUCUUUCUUUCUAUCUAUCGAUAGCGAAAUAUUUAAUCUCUCUGUUUCUCUCUCCCUCCCAUUCCCUCCCUCUCUCACUAUUUCUUUCUUGCUCUCUCUCACACACACUCUUCUCUAG